AUGACUACACCACAGGUCGAUAUUUUUCAUUUGACCACGUUGGCUUGGCUGCAGAGUCAGAAACAGGGCAGACUUGACCUGUCUGCCCUGUAUGUGACAGCAGGGACAGGCCGACACCAAGGAUGGAACAGGGAGCCACGGCUGACCCAGCCGACACAAUAUGGCCCUGAUGAGCAGGCCAAUGAUGUCGGCCAGUUGAGCCAGCCUGAUAUUAUCGUCAGCUUGACCAGCAGUCAAGCUACGGUCUAA